AAAACCAUGCGCUAGGACAAUAUGCAUUCAAACCGAUAAGCACUACCCCCAUGGGGGGCAAAGGAUACUUUUAAAAUUCUUUGCUUUGUCACAGCAGGGCCGUAUCUAUAGUGCAAGACGGCAAUUGCCUACGUGUUAGCGACCAUUUGGCGUUUAUGGGAGCGUGAGCAGGAUAGAUAGUUUAUUGAGAAGGUGGAAACUGUCAAAACAGGCAAUUUUUGCGACAGUAGUGGGAAUUUCUUGACACGACUUUCGACGAAUCAUUCGAAAAGUGCGAUUUUAUGUGAACAGACGUUGGGAAUAUUUUGUGGGUUGAUGUUGAGUUUAUAAUUAAAAAUAAGUAAUUAACUCAGUUAGAAGCAGUUGUACACCACUCCCGAUUCGGCUAUAAUUAUACGUACUAUAAAAAUAGUGAAAUCGAUUCCGCAUAUUGAAUGUUUUUUUUUUUUUUUUGGAUCUUGUAACUUGUGCUCUCGUGACGUUCCGGUCGUAACCCCACCACAACCAUCGUACAUUUGUACGCACAAAUCUGCCGUGCCAAGUAGCUCGCGAAACGUAUUUGGUGGCUACGGUCGACGCCACUAUAUGCACACUUGUACUUGCUACUUAUCAAGUGGUUUGUCUUUUCAGCUGAAGCACCACUUUUAUUGUUUUAUUUAAACUUUGGGCUAGUCUUAUUUUGUUAGUAAAGUCAGACAACAGCCUCAAACUGGCGGAGAGGAAGGUGGCACUGACACUGUGCCAGACGUCUGUGCUAAAAGUAUACUACGCUGUCAUUGAAGAUGUAAUCGCUAACGUGCGAGACGCCUUUCUCGAUGAGGGUGUCGACGAACAGGUUCUACAAGAAAUGAAGCAAAACUGGCGGGCAAAAUUAAUGGCGAGCAAAGCGGUGGAGAUCAAUCCUGAACCACCAGAGCCACAGCCACCACCAAUUGUGGCCAACAACCCAAAGCCCUCAAAGGCUGCUGCCGCUAAAGCUAAAAAGGCAGCCGCUGCUGCUGCCGCUGCCGCAGCACAACAAAAUAGCAAUAAUAGUGGAGCCGUCACUUCAAAUGCCUCCGGCGAUAUGAAGCCAAAUAUUGCACAACUGCAAACUAAUGUGACCAAUGGUGGUGGUAAUUCAAUAACGACCACUGGUGCCUCGGGUGGUCCAACCACAUCGGCUGCUGCGAAUAGUUCGGCCGCAAUGAAUGGUGGCGUCAAGCAGGAGAUAGGAAAGUCAACGACUUCACAUAGUGGUGCGGUGGCUAAUAACUUACAAAAAUCAAAUGUGAUUGGCGGCGCGUCACACGGUAUUGGGCCGGUGGCAUCAUCGUCAGGAAUUGGUGGUGCUGCUGGCAGCUCGCAGCAACAGCCAACAAAUUCAACCAUACCGAUCGUUGCCACACUCGAUCCCAAUCGUAUUAUGCCUGUAAAUAUAACAUUACCCGCUCAAACUGGCUCCAUGAAUACGGAAUCUCGCGUGCUCACCAUACACGUUCCAGCGUCGGCGCUGCAAGAUAAUCAGCUAACACAGAUAUUGACCGCUCAUUUAAUUUCAUCUAUCAUGUCAUUGCCAACAACGUUGGCUUCUUCGGUGCUACAGCAGCACGUGAAUGCGGCGCUUAUUAAUAGCAACAUGCAAAAAAAUUUCAACGCUUCAAAACAGCUUGACGGUGCAGUAGAUACUUCAGAUGAGGACGAAAGCGAGGAGAGUGAUGAUAAUAUGGACAAUGAUGAUGAUGACGAUCUAGAUAAAGACGAUGACGAGGAUGCUGAAAAUGAUGGUGGUGCCGAAGAAGAGCCCCUCAACAGUGAUGACGAUGUAACUGACGAGGAUGCCAGCGAUGUAUUCGAAACGGAUAAUGUCAUCGUUUGCCAGUAUGAUAAGAUUACACGUUCACGCAACAAGUGGAAAUUUUACCUUAAGGAUGGAAUUAUGAACAUCGGUGGCAAAGACUACGUUUUUCAAAAAUCCAAUGGAGAUGCCGAGUGGUAAAAACAGGACCAUGGUCGCCGCUGAAGAUACCUUUGUUGCUAUCCCAAUAUCGUUCUUUCGUGCUAAAAGACAAAAAUCAUAAUAUAUCACCAUGAUUUUUUUUUUAAUUCAUACUAUGUAUCAAUACAACUUCUGUUUUCUGCACUUCAAAAGUUAAUACGACUU